AUGGUUACAAGAAAAUUAGUUAAUAGGUUAGAUAAAAGUGAAUUGGAACAAUUAUCAUUAGAUGAUGAUAAUAAUAUAGCAGCACCAGGUAGAGAUGAAUCUUCAUCAUCAUCUCAUGCACCAUCUCCAUCUAAUCUACCACCAUUGAAUGGUAUGAGAGGUGAAAAAGCAAGAGAAUCAAUGACUGUUGCAAAACAACUUAUUGGUCCCUAUGCAAUUGGUGAAAUGUUGGGCAAAGGUGGCUUUGCAUGUGUAUUCAAAGGUCUCAAUAGUUUGACUGGUGAUUUUGUUGCCAUUAAAAGAUUUGAAAAGUCUAAAAUAUCAAAAGAUCAAUUAUCAAGUGUUAUGACUGAAUUAGAAUUAUUACAAAGAUUAAAUCAUGAUAAUGUAGUUAAAGUACUUGGUAAAGAUGAAAAUGAUAGUUAUAUUUAUUUAUUUUUGGAAUUUAUGGAGAAUGGAUCAUUGGCUAGUAUAUUGGAUCAUUUUGGAACAUUUCCAGAGGCAUUGAUCAGUACCUAUAUUGAACAGGUAUUGAGAGGUUUGGUUUACUUGCACAGUGAAAAUAUUAUUCAUCGUGAUAUCAAAGCUGCCAAUAUACUGAUCAAUAAGAUUGGUGAUGCAAAGUUGGCCGAUUUCAACGUUGCAGCUGAAUUGGGUGAAAUGGCUGACAAAAGAUACAGUGUAGUUGGAACACCCUAUUGGAUGGCACCCGAAGUGAUUGACAUUUCAGGACAUUGUACAGUAUCUGAUAUUUGGUCGGUUGGAUGUACGAUUAUCGAAUUACUGACUGGUUCACCACCCUAUUUCAACCAUAAUCCAAUGGCUGCCAUGUUUCGUAUCGUUCAAGAUGAACGUCCACCCUUUCCCAAAAAUAUAUCAGCUCAAUUGGCAUCAUUUCUAACACGUUGUUUUGUUAAAUCGGUAGAUGAACGUGCCGAUGCCAAAGAACUAUUGAAUCAUGAAUGGAUUGUUAAUUGUAGAAUAGCUCAACAUCAACAAAGAUCGUUGUCUCAUACCAAUAGUAGUAAUAAUUUCCGAAGUUCAAAUAUUAUAGAUAAUCUUUCAAAACAAUUACAUCAAUUUAAUAUUGAAAAGGAUAAUCAUCCUAUUUUGUCGUCUGAUGAUAUCGGAUCAUUGUCAGCAUCAUCAUCAUCAUCUAGUAUAUUUAAUGAACUAGACGAUAAGACUGGGACAGUGGUAGUAUCGAAUAAACAACAAUUUCAACAACAAAUGCAACAAAUGCAACAACAACAAGACCAACAAGAAUUGAUUAAAAAGUUAACAAGUGAAAAAGAGGAAAUGAAAAAAAGAAUACAAGAGUUGGAAAAAACAACGACCGAGCAAGCAGACCGACUAGAAGAAGGUGAAAAGAAAUACAAAGAAAUCCUACUAUCAUCAAUGCACUAUAUCAACAUUGUAGAUAGUACCAUCAAUAUUAGUCCAUCAACUGGUUCAAUCAAACUACAAAACAUCUCUGAAGAAGUGACACAUUUAAGAAAUAUUAUGAGAGAUCAAAUCGAAACUGAAUACUUUUAUGUAUUCCCAGAGAUACCUAGAUUCCUCGAACGAAGAUUAACUCGAGAUACUCUCAUUCACCUACCAAAAAAAUCACAAGAGAUACAAAAGAAAAGAGAAAAGGAAGAAAAGAAAAAGUUGGAAAAAUUAGAAAAAGAAAAAGAAAAGGAAAAAGAAAAAAUUAAAAAGGAAAAGGAAAAGAAAAGAGAUACAAUGUCAUCAAGUGACCUAAGUGGUUUUGUUAAUAGUAAUGGUAAUAAUGGUGGAAAUAUUACACCACCACUUGUAAUUGAAAAUGGUAGUAAACCUUUUAAAAAGGAUGCAAAAAGAACUCCAAGUAAAAGUCAAUUAAUAACAGCUGAAAUUGCUUCUGCAAUUAAUAAUCAAACUUUUAAAUUAAAUAGUGUAAAUAAUCAAAAAGAUAAUCAAAAUCAAAAUAAUAGUAAUAAUGGUAGUUUAAAUAAUUCUCCACCUUUAAUAUCAUUAAAAAAAAAUAAUCAAAUAUAA